UCGGUUUAUUCUGUGGGUAACGACUCAAAUUCUCCUUCCUGAGGUUACCAUCCGAUGAUGUUCGCCUCGCUUCCCUCUACACUGGGGUGACCAACCUUGUCCCUACUCUGAACCCGCCCGGGACUCCGGAGCAUCGUUGCCGAGUUAACGAAAAAGGUGUUCAUGAGCCAGCCACGCCUGAUGCCUCAGAACCUGACUUCGGAACAGCACAAGGUGCGACGCUGUGCGUCAAUCACGACGCUAACUGAAGUCGCUCUCGCCGAAAUGGAAAAGUAUGAAAAACUGGCGAAGAUUGGAGAAGGGUCUUACGGGGUUGUCUUCAAGUGCAGAAACAAGUCGUCUGGACAAGUGGUGGCUAUCAAAAAAUUCGUGGAAUCCGAAGACGAUCCUGUUGUCAAGAAAAUAGCACUGAGAGAAAUACGGAUGCUGAAGUUGAAACACCCAAACCUUGUGAACCUCAUCGAGGUGUUCAGAAGAAAGAGAAAGAUGCACCUGGUUUUUGAGUACUGUGACCACACGCUGUUACACGAGCUGGAGAGAAACCCGAACGGCGUUCCCGAUGGAGUCAUCCAAAGCGUGCUGUGGCAAACCCUUGAGGCCCUUAACUUCUGCCACAAACAUAACUGUAUUCAUCGGGACGUAAAACCCGAAAACAUCCUAAUAACCAAGCAAGGAAUGAUCAAGAUUUGUGACUUUGGAUUCGCACGAAUUCUGAUUCCAGGAGACGCCUACACGGACUACGUUGCCACCAGGUGGUACCGAGCCCCUGAACUUCUCGUGGGAGACACGAAGUACGGUUCCUCCGUGGACGUGUGGGCCGUCGGCUGUGUUUUUGCGGAGCUCCUGACGGGUCAGCCGCUCUGGCCAGGAAAAUCAGACGUGGACCAACUUUAUUUGAUCAUCAGGACACUGGGAAAACUCAUCCCAAGACAUCAGUCUAUCUUUAAAAGUAACCAGUUUUUCCGUGGCAUCAGCAUACCUGAACCAGAAGACAUGGAAACCCUUGAAGAAAAAUUCUCGAAUGUUCAGCCUGUGGCUUUAAACUUCAUGAAGGGCUGUCUGAAGAUGAACCCGGACGACAGGCUGACCUGCGCCCAGCUGCUGGACAGCGCCUACUUCGACUCUUUCCGAGAGGAGCAAAUGAAAAGGAAAGCCCGCAGGAGGCGUCCGCAGAAUCAACUGUUGCCUCUUAUACCUGGAAGCUACAUCUCCCCCACACCUGAUGGAAGAAAACAAGUCCUCCAGUUAAAAUUUGACCAUUUCCCUAACAUUUAGGGAACCUGUUCCUCCUGGUGCGCUCACUUAAUAUGUAGAUAUUUUUGUAUGAGAUAGGAAUCCUCAGUGUUCCCAACCCGAACGAGCAGUGUGAAAAUGAAGGUGCCUCCGAGAACCGAUUCGCUCUGAGGAUUCUGAUUCCUUUCCCUGUGGCUUCUCCACGCCAACUCCAUCUCCUAGAACAGUCUCUUUAAAUACCAUAAUGCCAAAAUGGCACACACACACAUGGAGGAGACGCUUUCAAUUCCAUCAGAGUUGUACUUCUUAGACACUGCGACUCUGUGGGCUUACGCUUCGAUUUAGGGGAAGAUUUCGAUGCGUCACCUCUCUUCAGCUGACUGUAUAACAUCCUGAGCAGAAGCAGAUCUGCUGGCUGCUGUCGACAGAGGGGAUGACAUUGAUCUUCCACACUGGAAUGUCUUCUCAGUGGAGCCCGGUCUUUUUUUAUUCCGCAUUUACAUUGCUGUAGCAUGGUGAUUGUGAAAAGUGGUCUAGGUUUACCUAUUGACCCCAGGGAACACUCUGCUGUCUCUUUCUCGUGAGGCAUUGAUGACUCUGCUUUUACAGCGAGUUAGAGAAAAUUCCAUACACGACCCAUAGCAGGCAGACUACAAGGAAUCACCCACCACAUGAGAGUAAUGUCCCUGAAUCACUGGCUACCUACUCUAAGGCUGUCCCUGGGGCACCAUGCUUUCUUUUUCUUUUUCUUCUUUUUUAAUCUACUGGUAGGGGG